AUGGCAGAAGUUGAUCAGGUUUCACUUGCAACCAAGCCUGAGUUACCCCCAGUUGUUAUCACGUAUAUGGGGGCGCUCAAGCUUUACUUUUCGUUCAAACCACUAACACAUUUUGAAGAUCAGAUAUUAUCGUAUCUUCCUUUUUACCCCAAUCCAACAGAAACCAAGCGGUCUCAGAUCAUCAACACACCAAUCGAUAAAGACGGGAACUAUAUCCAUGAGUUCUUUAUUGAAAAUACGCAGAAACCAGCCGAUAAUAGACAGUUGGACGUUGUUCUUGUGCAUGGAUAUGGCGCAGCACUUGGAUUUUUCUACAAGAACUUUGAUGCGUUGACCAAUGUUCCGGGAAUCAGACUACAUGCAUUGGAUUUGCUCGGGUUUGGUCUGUCCAGUAGGCCCAAGUUUCCAAAUCUAAAGGGUGACACCGUCGAGGAUGUCUUGGCAAGCGAGGAUUUCUUUAUUGAUUCUCUCGAGAGCUGGAGAAAAGCCAAAGGUAUUGACCAUUUUGUUCUUAUGGGCCACUCAUUGGGAGGUUAUUUAUCAGCAGCAUACUACAUGAAAUACGGGGAUGGGAUUGUCGACAAGUUGGUGAUGAUUUCCCCGGUUGGUAUUGAAAGAACCGACUUAUCGUUCUACGCAACUCAUGAACGUAGACCGUCUAUUGAGAUCGAGGCGAAGCUAGCUUCGACUCAAGGAAUUGAUCUCACAAACGAGUUUACAGACCACCAACAGAAACAAGGUACGACUCCAACCAGCGACACUGCUCCAGACAACGUAUCAGUCUCUUCUGACGCUACCGAUUCAGAUCCUACAGAGUUUCUGAACCAAGUUCGGAAAGCACCAAGAAUAGGCUCUUUAUUGACACGACUAUGGGAGAGCAACUGCUCACCGUUCCAGAUUGCCAGAUUAGUAGGCCCUAUUUCGAGCAAGCUGAUAUCAAGAUGGACAUACAAUAGAUUUGGAAAGCUCGAGGAUAUUGAAGAACUACGCAUAAUCAACGAAUACACAACCAAGAUUCUACUCGCUAAAGGGUCGGGAGAGUUUGCACUGACCAGAAUUCUUGCCCCUGGAGCAGUUGCCAAGCUGCCAAUGAUCGAGAGACUGCCCAAGCGGAUCAAGGUGAAAUCGUUAUGGUUGUACGGAGAGGUGGAUUGGAUGAGCAAAGAAGGAGGAUAUCAGAUUGUCAAAAACAUCAACGAGAUAAACAAAGACAAUUCAGAUGCACGUGCGAAGUUCCGAAUCCUGAAGAAUGCUGGCCACCACGUUUAUCUUGACAAUGCUUCCGAUUUUGAGUACCAGGUUCUGAAAUUUAUAUCUUAG